AUGGCUACAAUCACGGAAGCAGAACACCUGAUCACAGUCCAAACCUCUGCUAGGGGGGAGGGAAACGUGAUACCGGAAAAGUACCUGGACGGUUUAGAUGUUGAGUGGAAGGAGAUGUGGACAAAUCACGGGAAGAACAUGGAAGGGGCUCACUUGGUAACUAUCGAAGAAUUUCGACGAUGCCCUGAAAGAUACAGCUUUACCUACCCAACGUGGACAGGCCCCGAAGUACAUCAUCUCCAAGAUUACCAGGUCCCCGUCUCAAAUCCCGAGGGAUUGAUCACCUGUCGCGUCUACACACCAGCUGGGCCAGGUCCAUUCCCAGUACACCUAAAUUUCCACGGAGGUGGCUGGGUACUUGGAGGCCUACAAUCCGAAGCCGCCUGGUGCCGAAGCAUCUGCAAUGGGUCAUCCAUCGUCGUCAUCGAUGUGGAUUAUCGACUUGCGCCAGAACAUCAGUAUCCUAUCGCGCUGUAUGACUGCUGGGCUGCGGUAAGAUGGGCACAUACCAACGCACAAAGUCUCAACGUUGAUCCCAACGCCAUAUCAAUCGGAGGACUGUCGUCAGGUGGAUUAAUCACAGCUGUUCUUGCCCACUUUGCGCGCGACUGCUUCCCCCCUCUCGAACUCAAACUUCAACUAAUGGUCGUGCCCGCGACCGAUAUGCGCUACGUACCGCUGGCUAUACCUAAUGCUGAGCCUCUCACCACAGAAAGUUGCCCGUACCCUAGUGCCAUAUUCUGCGCUGAUCUACCCUGGUCCCCACUCGCUCGGGAGUCCUGGUUCCUGAAUUACUACAUUGGCACGGACGAAGAGGUCCGUUCCAAGGUCCUUUCAGAUUGGAGAAUGACCCCUGUUCUCUCACCCUCUAUGAAGGGUCUCGCCCCGGCACACAUUGUCACGGCUGAGUUUGAUGUAGAAAGGGAUGAAGCUGAGUACUACGGGCAGUUACUUCGUGAGGCAGGGAAUCAAGUAACCAUGAAAAGGUACGCGGGUGUGCCACAUGCAUUCGCCCAUUACAAUCAUCCCACUCGGGGGCUGAGCAAGAGUCGAGAGUUCAUCAGGGAUACGAUAAAGCUUCUUUCAGAGGUACACGGUACUGAUAAAAGGAACCAGGUGGCGUAG